ACAGAUAUCUCUCAUUGGUCUUGUUUUCUUUCCUUGCUUUCUCUUCUGUGUUCUUAAAACCCAGGCUUAUUUUAUCGCUAUCGUACAUAUCAUGACUGGUUGAAUCAGCCCAACCCUUCUGAAAUUCCUACAUGGAAGCCACUGCUUUACAGACUGAUGAUGAUGCCUGUCUUUGCAACUACAUUUUUGGCUGUCUCCUACAUCUGGCCCCCUGAAUAUGUGGAAAAUGCUGCCUUCUACGAAAAAGGGAUCUGUUUCCGUCUUUUCUACAUGAUGCCAGUUUCCUUUGUGUUCCGCCUGCGUAACUACGUAACCUGGUAUGGUGCAGAGAGUGCCUGCAUCACUGCUGGCCUUGGAGCAUAUCCAACUUGUGCCAAUUCACAAUCAGGCAGAGGACCGACUGUGGAAUACGAAUCUCUAAUCCAAUUAGCUGAUGGGGAAGCAUCCAGUGUUGCCUAUGAUUAUCGGACAAUCCAAAACAUUGAUCCAUAUGGUACAGAAUUUUGUACCAAGGUGAAGGACGGCAUUCUCUGUUGGAACAUGACUGUCCAAUGGUGGUUACACCAAUACACCUACAAAAAUGUGGCUUUUCUCCCCCGUCUCUUAAGCUUCAUUCUGAAUCUUUUGGCAGAUACAAUUUCAUCUGUCGGGGUUGUUUACACAGCAUUCCUGUUUGUCCCAAUUCCCAUUGGCUUCUUCUUCAAGAAAAGGGGAUUGACAUUCAAGAAAUAUGGAGCAGCUGCGGUGGGCCUUGGGCUUACAAUGGCUGCUUGUGGCAUCCACACCAUUCAUUCCUUUGUCACCAUUAUGGGGACAUGGAUUAUCAUCAAAAUCUCACCAAAGUAUUCCACCUCUCUGACAUUAGGAUGGACGUUUUCGUACCUGCUCUUUUUCCACAAAUUUACCUCCUUCAAGUUUCCCCAGAUAACACAUUUGACCAAAUCUGUGCAACUUUUGCUCACCCUCAAGAUGGUGAGCAUAGCCAAUGAGGUGCAAGAAUUCAUACAGGUGAAGGAACAGGAAGUGACAUCAGAUGUCAAAUCUCCGGCGAUUGGCGUAAUUUCUGAAAUACCUGGACUGCCAGAGAUACUGUGCUACAGUUACUGCUAUGUGGGACUUAUGACAGGCUUAUUUUAUCGCUAUCGUACAUAUCAUGACUGGUUGAAUCAGCCCAACCCUUCUGAAAUUCCUACAUGGAAGCCACUGCUUUACAGACUGAUGAUGAUGCCUGUCUUUGCAACUACAUUUUUGGCUGUCUCCUACAUCUGGCCCCCUGAAUAUGUGGAAAAUGCUGCCUUCUACGAAAAAGGGAUCUGUUUCCGUCUUUUCUACAUGAUGCCAGUUUCCUUUGUGUUCCGCCUGCGUAACUACGUAACCUGGUAUGGUGCAGAGAGUGCCUGCAUCACUGCUGGCCUUGGAGCAUAUCCAACUUGUGCCAAUUCACAAUCAGGCAGAGGACCGACUGUGGAAUACGAAUCUCUAAUCCAAUUAGCUGAUGGGGAAGCAUCCAGUGUUGCCUAUGAUUAUCGGACAAUCCAAAACAUUGAUCCAUAUGGUACAGAAUUUUGUACCAAGGUGAAGGACGGCAUUCUCUGUUGGAACAUGACUGUCCAAUGGUGGUUACACCAAUACACCUACAAAAAUGUGGCUUUUCUCCCCCGUCUCUUAAGGUAUUCUUGGACUAUGGGUAUCUCGGCCUACUGGCAUGGAUUCCGCCCUGGCUAUCACCUCAGUUUCCAUACCAUCCCAUUAUGCCUACUAGCUGAGAAGGCCAUGGAGGAUGGGUUAUUGAGGCAUCUCUCCCACUCUGGCCGUUCCUGUGCUGACUGGGCACACUGGUUCCUGAAGAUGAGGGCUUAUGACUAUGUGUGCGUGGGUUUCCUCUUGCGUAGCUUUGAGGGUACUAAUCGCUAUUGGAAAUCAGUGUAUUAUUGUGUUCAUGUGGGGGCUUUCAGUUUCCUUGUAGCUGGGAAAGCAAUAGGAGCCCUCUCCAAAGGCAAAUUUGACAAGAAGCGUGAAUGAAAAGGCAGUAUUCUUUUGUCUUAAAUAAUCAGUGGGAAAAUCUAAUCUAUUAGCAAUAACUAAGAGAAGGUAUUGUGUAUAGGUUCAAAAUGGCCUCAAUAUUUACAUAUUCAGAUUGUGUCUUAAAGCAUUUCAGCUUAAACUCGUGGUGCCUUUAAUAAUGGAAGGUCAAAAAUAAAUGGUGGGUCAAAUUAGAAAAUACAGUAUUAAGAUGCAGAUAGUCCUCAACUUACAGCCAUUCAUUUAAUGACCAUUUGAAAUUAUGUUAGCACUGAAAAAAAGUGAUUUUUAGCCUGUUCUUGCACUUAUUGGGGGUUCCCUCAGUCACAUGAUCAAAUUUGGGGGGAAGCGGGAUUUUUUUAAUGACUGCAUGCAUGAUUCACUUCACAAC